UAGAAAUUUUUUAUUUUUUUAAAUUCAAAUUUGAAUUUUGAAUUUGGGUCGGUUUGUAACCGCCCCAAACCGGAAACGGUCCGGACCGGUUGGACCGGCUACCGCGGUAACCGGAUCGGUUGCAUCAAGCAAGUUACUCGUAUGUUGUUAGCAUUAGCCUAUGGAGUGGGGUGUUUGACCUGACUUUGACCAGCCAGCCAUCCAGCCUCUCCGUUCCCCUUCCUCCCGACCUUCUCCAUCCGUUGCAGAGAAGAAAAAAAAAAGAGGAAGCUUUAUUCUCUCAUCACCGCCCCUCUACUCGCGAGAUCGAGAUCGACAAGACAACACAGCAGCUGCAUCAGGGGGAGCGACAGGCGGUUGGUGGCCGCGUCGAUCGGCCGCUCCCCAUGGUCGGCCCCAAGCCCAAGGCCAACCGGAUGUGCAAAUCCAAGAGCGCCAUCGCCACCACCGCCUCCUCGACCACGGCCGCCGCCGCCGCCACCCCGAGGAACCACCGCUCGCCGCGCACGACCGCCACCAGCUCCUACCCCGCUGCCUACUCCUACUCCACCUCCUCCUCCACCGCCUCCUCCUCCGCGGCCUCCCUCGCCGCGCUCCGCGAUUCCCUCCCGGAGCUGCCGCUCCUCUUCACCUUCAACGACCUCGCCACCGCCACCGCCAAAUUCUCCUCCUCGCACCGCCUCGUUCCCGCCGCUCCCUCCUCCUCAAAUUCCUUCCGCUGCUCCCUCCGGGGCCACCCGGCCGCGGUCUUCCGCCGCCCGCUCAGCCGCGACCCGCGCGAGGUCACCGCGCGCCUCGCCGUCCUCGGGCACUGCCACCACGCCGCCAUCGCGCGCCUCCUCGGCGCCGCCGCGUCGCCCGACCGCACCACGCUCUUCCUCGCCUACGAGCUCGUCCCCGACGCCGCCCCGCUCUCCGCGCUGCUCCGGAACCCCAAGAACCCCUCCUUCACCCCGCUCGCCACCUGGCACUCGCGCCUCCAGCUCGCCGCCGACGUCUGCGACGCGCUCUACUACGUCCACCUCCAGGCGGACACCAUCCACAACCGCCUCUGCGCGUCCUCCGUCCUCGUCUGCGGCGACGGGCCCCUCCCCCGCGCCAAGAUCGCCCAUUUCGGCGCCGCCGACCUCGCCGGCGAGCUCCCGGUCCAACAGAAAGACGGCGGCCGCCGCGGGAGGCGCAUCGAGGGCAAGCGCGGGUACAUGGCGCCGGAGCUGGUGGCGGGCGGCCCGCCGUCGCGGUGCUCCGACGUGUUCGCGCUGGGCGUGGUGCUGCUGGAGCUGGUGUCCGGGCAGGAGCCGGUGCGGUACGAGAUGGUGAACCGGGGCACGGGCGAGUACGAGAGGACGUCGCUGAUCGAGACGGCAGAGGCCGCGGCGGCGGAGGGCGGCGGGGAGGGGAUGCGCCGGUGGGUGGACCGCAGGCUGAGGGACUCGUUCCCCGUGGACGCGGCGGAGUCGCUCACCGCGCUGGCGCUGCGGUGCGUGGCCAAGGACCCCCUGGCGCGGCCGGACAUGUCGUGGGUGGCCGCCAAGGUCUCCAAGCUCUUCCUGGAGGCGCAGGAGUGGGCGGCCAGGUUCCGUGUCCCCACCGACAUCUCCAUCUCCAUCGCCCCCAGGUGAUGGCAGCCAUUGCUGCUCCACGCCGGCGACGGCAGCCAAGGGGAAGGGAUUUUGCUGAUCCUUGCCAUGAUUAGCGAGUGCUAGAGUUGAGAUACUUUUUUUUAGGGAUUGCACUUCAACUGAUCGAUUGUUAAUCUUUCUGGGAGGAGUUUAGGGGUUACAUACUAGUACUGGUGCUUUGUUUUUUCCUCUUGUUCUUAUUGUUGAUGUACACAGGAGUGACAUGCAGUAAGUAUCUGCACAUACUAGUAGGUAUACAUGUACAGACAGACAUUCAGCAGCCUUGGCUGGCAAAAAUCUUGUGCAAUUAGGCAGGCUAUGAUUAGGCAGAUGUACACGUUACCGAUGGAAGAAGAAAUCCUUCCCGGAGACAUAGAAUGCAUGGAUUAAUUAGGUUUGGUCA